AUGGUACUCGGUCUGCCCUGCCAAUUCGAUUACCGCGACGUAACCUAUGCCUUCCACCGAACCUUCGGUCACCUGCUCCCUCGUCGUCUCCAGAACCGAGAUAUAAUUAAUGGUCCAUACGACACAGAUCGUUAUGCAGGCGAUAACCACCCGCCAACUUCAUCAGGUGGUUACAACACCUCAACGGACCAAAUUGGGAGAAUUCAAGCGAGAGAGCAUGAACAUAUUACCGCUGGAAAUGUCAGUGGUGCGGAUGUGUAUUACCCCGGUGGCCGGGAAGAUAAAGGAAAGAAUGAAGGGAGUCAUGUAAGGAGGAAGAAGAAGAAGGAGGUUGGAUGGGAUCAGGGGGUUGUGGGUGGAGAGGGGAGGGGUGGUACGGGCUCGAUGGAUAAGAGGAUGAGUAUCAGUAGAGCUGUUUGA